AUGGAGGUCGCAUCUGCCGUUCGCCUGCCUUCGCCCGAGCCCGAGGUCGAUGCCCAAGACGUUCCGCGCAAGCGCGAGCGCUCGCCGUACGAUGGGCCGAGUGCUGGGCCGUCCAAGAGAAGUAGGAGAGACGAAGAUGAGGACGACCAUCGCAACGGCGGAGCUGGCCGCCGCCCGCCGCCGAAGCCCACUACCGACGACCUGCCCGAGGACGACUCGCGACUGAAGCUCUUCCAGAAUGCCUUUAGCGCGAAUCGCAAGCUGCCCAUCGACGACUCCAAGACACGUGCUGGAGGCGCGUACAUCCCCCCCGCGCGACUGCGCGAGAUGCAAAAGUCGAUUACGGACAAGAAGAGCGCAGAGUUCCAGCGCAUGGCUUGGGAGGCGCUGAAGAAGUCGAUCCAGGGCCUGAUCAACAAGACAAACACGGCCAACAUCAAGAUGAUAGUGCCCGAGCUGUUUUCCGAGAACCUGGUGCGCGGCCGCGGCCUGUUCUGCAGAGCCAUUAUGAAGGCGCAGGCCGCGAGCUUGCCCUUCACCCCCAUCUACGCAACCAUGGUCGCCAUUGUAAACACCAAGCUUCCGCAAGUCGGCGAUUUGCUGGUCCGGCGUUUGAUUGUGCAGUUCAGGAAGGGUUUCAGGAGGAACGACAAGGCUGUUGCGCUGUCAAGCACCAUGUUCCUUUCGCAUCUGGUCAACACACAGGUCGUCCAUGAGAUCCUGAUUGCGGAGAUCCUAUUGCUUCUGCUCAACAAGCCGUCGGACGACUCUGUUGAGAUUGCCAUGGGCAUCAUGAAGGAGGUCGGCGCCUUUCUGGAUGAAAUGAAGCCGGCCAUUGCCAAUGCCAUCUUCGAUCAGAUGCGCAACAUCCUUCACGAAGCCGACAUUGACAAGCGCACGCAAUACAUGAUCGAGGUUCUUUUCGAGGUUAGGCGCACAAAGUACAAAGACAACCCAGUUGUGAGGGAGGAGCUGGAUCUUAUUGAAGAGGAGGACCAGAUCACUCACAACCACACGCUCGAGGGUGACUUGAAGGUCGAGGAUGGCUUGAACAUUUUCAAAUUCGACCCCGACUACGAAGCUCACGAGGCCGAGUACGCAAAGAUCAAGGCAGAGAUUUUGGGUGAAGAGGAGGGCAGUGACGAUGACGGCUACACGGAUGCAUCUUCUGAAGACGAGGAAGACGAGGAGGUCAAGGCAAUGGAUGUCAAGGAUCAGACCAACGCCGAUCUUGUCAACUUGCGCCGAACAAUCUACCUGACUAUCAAGAGCAGUGGUGGUUUCGAAGAGUGCGUUCACAAACUCAUGCGGAUUAACUUGCCACAGGGCCUGGAGAACGAGCUCACAACCAUGAUUGUCGAGUGUGCUAGCCAGGAGAGGACGUAUGAGAAGUUUUACGGUAUGAUCGGAGAGCGAUUCUGCAAGCUGAACCGCAUGUGGACAGACCUGUUCGAGGAGGCGUUUGCACACUACUACGAGACUAUCCAUCGUUUUGAGACGAACCGUCUGCGCAUCAUCGCUCAGUUCUUCGCUCACUUGCUAGCAUCCGACGGUAUCGGCUGGCACGUGUUCCAGGUUGUGAAGAUGACGGAGGAAGACACAACGUCGAGUUCUCGUAUCUUUGUCAAGAUUCUGUUCGAGGAGCUUCUGGCCUCGCUUGGCCAAAAGGUCGUUGUCGAGCGCUUCAAGGAUCCUAUGCUCCAAGACAGCCUCACUGGCCUCUUCCCCACAGAUGCAGACGACCAGGGCAAGACACGCUUCUCGAUCAAUUUCUUCACUGCGAUUGGCAUGGGUGUCCUUACAGAGGGUAUGCGUGACUGGCUUAAGAACAAUGCGCCCAAGCCGAAAGCACUUCCCGAGCCAGAAAGUGAUUCGGACGAUCGCAGUGUCUCGUCUCGGUCCAGCUACAGCUCGCGCAGUUACUCACGGUCGCGAAGCCCUCCCUUCAGCGUCUCCGUCUCGCUCUCCGCCUCCGCGUCGUCGGAAAUACUCAACAUCCCCUUCGCGAUCGCCGUCACCGCCACCAAGACGCAGACGCGACUCAAGCAGCCCACCCCCUAG